AUGUGGAACAGCGAGAGUCUGAGUGAGGUCGACCCGACCAAGCCACGGGUUCGCAAGGGGCUCCUCAAGGGCCAGUUGAUACUCAAGCCGGGCCAGAACUCCGUUGCGGAGAAGACGGUCAUGGACGCCAACAGCUUCAGGCUGUAUUCCGUUGUCGCUACUGCAGCUUUGGUGAGCUCCUUGGACACGUCUUCGGGCGUCUUCUGA